GCGCGUGCUGUGUGUGAGGGCAGCAUGGCCGCCGGGAGGCUGCUGCUCUACGCCGGCCUGUCUCUGUCGCUCUGGGCCCUGGGCAUGCUGGCGGUGGCCAUGUGUUCCGACCACUGGUACGAGACCGACGCCAGGCGGUACCGGGAGCGCUGCCGGAGCUUCUCCAGCCGCCGCAAGGACCCCGGCUUCAUCUACAUCCCCAACAACAGCCUGCCGCUGCGGGCCAGCCGAACCGGGCCGGACAGGCUGCUGCUGAACCGCCGGCAGCUGUUCGCCAUGAGCGCCGCGGAUGAAUGCAGCCGGAAGUUCAACUCCACCAACAUGGGCCUGUGGAGGCGCUGCCACCGGCCAGACUUCGACCAGCUCAUCGAGGACCUCAUCCGGAAAGGAUCUCUUGUAAAGUGUUCACACAUUACUGUACAUUGCAGCAGCUCUACCAUUCCAAAAAAUGAAAAGAAAUAUAAUAUUUACAAGUCAUUAAGGCAGGAUGCUGCGGAGGUGCUCCACCUGCGGAGAAUGACAGCUGGUUUCAUGGGCAUGGCGGUGGCCAUCAUCCUGUUUGGUUGGAUCAUCGGCGUGCUCGGCUGCUGCUGGGAUCGAGGUCUCAUGCAAUACGUGGCCGGCCUCCUCUUCCUCAUGGGAGGGACCUUCUGCAUCAUCUCCCUGUGUACCUGCGUUGCUGGCAUUAACUUUGAGCUGUCCCGUUACCCGCGGUACCUGUACGGCCUGCCAGACGACAUCGGCCACGGCUACGGCUGGUCCAUGUUUUGUGCCUGGGGAGGCCUUGGCCUCACCCUCAUUGCUGGUUUCUUUUGCACCCUGGCUCCCUCUGUCCAGCCAAUACCCAGAUCCACCUGCCCCAAAUCCCGGCAAGAAAAUGGCACCGUCUGCUAAAGCUGGCAACAACAAGAAGACCAACCGAAGCCGCCAGUGGAUCACAAACAGGAAAUAAAGUGUUCCAUGUUCUCAUCCAUCUGAUCAUCUCCACUGUGUCCUGGUUCAGUUUGUUUUUAUGUGUUUGAGUGUUU